AUGAUACCUGUUAUGGCAUACGUCGUUGGCGUCGUCAUGAUUGGUGUGACAGAAGUAGUGGUGAGUUCUAUGUCAGAAGUUGCAGUGGGACUAGGAGAUGGGAAUGGAACUGUGGUACUCGAUGUGGUAGUUUCUGUACUGGUUGUGGCGACGGUGGUGGAGGUUGUGGGAGUGGUGGUGGUUGUGGUAGUGGUUGUUGUAGUAGGAGAAGUCUUAGAGGUGCUUGUUGUCGUUGUAGUCGUUGUAGUCGUUGUAGUAGUAGUCGGAGUUGUUGUCGGAGAAGUAGUAGUGGUAGUCAUAGUUGUAGUCGAAGUAGUCGUACUCGGUGUUGUUGACGUAGUAAUCGUGGCAAUAGUCUUGGUUGUAGUCGAAACAUCCCCUACUGACCACUCAUCAGUCACGAAAUCUGAUAGAGUUGUCGAAGAGUUCAGGGACACUGUUGUGGGUGACGUUUUUGCAUCCAUAAGAGCCGAUGUAAGCCUCAACAAUGCUUUGGUGACUGCUACACAAUUGACUCCACUGUGUCGAUCAAGUCUCCUUCCAUAA